AUGUCUUCUAGUAGACUCAGCUUCACCGUCAGGAGAAUUUUGGAUUUACCAGAAUAUGAUGGCAAUGUUAUACCAGCAGACGCCUCCUUACAUUACAACAGGAGCUCUGCUUACCAAGACUGGGUGGAGACUGAUCGGAAUCACUACCUAUCGUCAGAUGAAAGUGGAUCGGAGACCACUCUAGGUGACACUAUGCAGAGGUCCGAAAAGAUGUCUCCCAGUCGUGACUCAGAGGAGAAGAAGAAGAAGAAGAAGCGAAGAGUCCUCUUCUCUAAGGCUCAGACCCUGGAACUGGAGAGAAGAUUUCGCCAACAGCGAUAUCUCUCUGCCCCUGAAAGAGACCAGCUAGCUCACAUACUCCAGCUCACCCCAACUCAGGUAAAGAUCUGGUUCCAGAACCAUCGCUACAAGAUGAAAAGAGCUAAACCCGAUGUGACCAGCUCUCCACCUCUGCUGAAGCAUGUCAUGGUUCCAGUACUUGUUAGAGAUGGGAAGCCUUGCCAUACCUGUUCGCCAACCAACUCUACAGAGAAAAUCCCCAUUUUCCACACAUUACCUCCUACAGGGGCAUAUAUCCACAGUUAUCAUCAUAGCCAGCAUAUACCUCAUCCAUCUAGUUUUUCCUGGAGAUGGUGA